AUGUUCACUGGUCAGCCCGUGUACCCUGGACAACAGAUGUAUGCAGUUCCAGGUGCCGUGACUACGCUCCCAUCUCGUGUCUCUUACGUGACGAGUGGUGCUGAGAUCCCUGGCGGCAUGGCUGCCCCAGCUGUGGCUUAUCCACAGAUGGCACCACAGAUCUAUGCUCUGUCAGCAAUGGUCUCCCCUGGAAUGCAGACUCAGACAAGGGUUGUGACCCUGAGUGUAUCGGAGGCUGAGGUUCUUCUGGCACAAAAGGCUUGGUCAGAUGCAAUCAAACACAUUUCCAAGACCUAUCUUGAGGGAGGCGACUACGUUGCAGCUGCUGCCAAAGCAGCCGGUGAGCUCUAUGGCUAUGGCCACUCUGAUGUGCUGUUCAAGCCAACCAAGACCAAAGUUGAGUACACUUUCGGCUACAAGAAGAAUGCGGACGGCAAGGUGCGCAUCUUCCUCCACCACUCCUCAGUGCCAUACCGCGUGCCUGCAGCCACUGCAUCUGGAGCGAUUACUGAAGAGGAAGUAAAGAGUGUGCAGGCAGCAUGGGCCAAUGCCAUCAAGAGUAUCUCCAAGACUUGUCUUGAGGGAGGCGACUACGUUACAGCUGCUGCCAAAGCAGCCGGUGAGCUCUAUGGCUAUGGACACACAAAUGUGCUGUUCAAGCCAACCAAGACCAAAGUUGAGUACACUUUCGGCUACAAGAAGAAUGCCGACGGCAAGGUGCGCAUCUUCCUCCACCACUCCUCAGUGCCAUACAGCGUGCCCGCAGCCACUCCAACUGCAGAGAUUACUGAAGAGGAAGUAAAGAGUGUGCAGGCAGCAUGGGCCAAUGCCAUCAAGAGUAUCUCCAAGACCUAUCUUGACGGAGGUGACUACAUUGCAGCUGCUGGCAAAGCAGCUGGUGAGCUCUACGGCUAUGGGCACACAAAUGUGCUGUUCAAGCCAACCAAAACCAAAGUUGAGUACACUUUCGGCUACAAGAAGAAUGCGGACGGCAAGGUGCGCAUCUUCCUCCACCGCUCCUCAGUGCCAUACAGCGUGCCUGCAGCCACUGCAUCUGGAGCGAUUACUGAAGAGGAAGUAAAGAGUGUGCAAGCAGCAUGGGCCAAUGCCAUCAGGAGCAUCUCCAAGACUUAUCUUGACGGAGGCGACUGCGUUGCAGCUGCUGCCAAAGCAGCCGGUGAGCUCUAUGGCUAUGGACACACAAAUGUGCUGUUCAAGCCAACCAAGACGAAAGUUGAGUACACUUUCGGCUACAAGAAGAAUGCGGAUGGCAAGGAUCUGGUGAAGGUCCUGUGCUUUCCAGUGGAUGGUAGACGGAUUGUGCGAAGGAGCUUUUCAAAGGCUUGGACGUGGGCAGGUGCCGUGACUACGCUCCCAUCUCGUGUCUCUUACGUGACGAGUGGUGCUGAGAUCCCUGGCGGCAUGGCUGCCCCAGCUGUGGCUUAUCCACAGAUGGCACCACAGAUCUAUGCUCCGUCAGCAAUGGUCUCCCCUGGAAUGCAGACUCAGACAAGGGUUGUGACCCUGAGUGUAUCGGAGGCUGAGGUUCUUCUGGCACAAAAGGCUUGGUCAGAUGCAAUCAAACACAUUUCCAAGACCUAUCUUGAGGGAGGUGACUACGUUGCAGCUGCUGCCAAAGCAGCCGGUGAGCUCUAUGGCUAUGAUGGAAGCAAGACCAAAGUUGAGUACACUUUCGGCUACAAGAAGAAUGCGGACGGCAAGGUGCGCAUCUUCCUCCACCACUCCUCAGUGCCAUACAGCGUGCCUGCAGCCACUGCAUCUGGGAUUACUGAGGAGGAAGUAAAGAGUGUGCAGGCAGCAUGGGCCAAUGCCAUCAGGAGCAUCUCCAAGACUUAUCUUGAGGGAGGCGACUACGUUGCAGCUGCUGCCAAAGCAGCCGGUGAGCUCUAUGGCUAUGGACACACAAAUGUGCUGUUCAAGCCAACCAAGGCAGCAUGGGCCAACGCCAUCAAGAGUAUUUCCAAGACCUAUCUUGAUGGAGGCGACUACGUUGCAGCUGCUGCCAAAGCAGCCGGUGAGCUCUAUGGCUAUGGCCACACAGAUGUGCUGUUCAAGCCAACCAAAGCAGCCGAAGCGCAGUUUCAUGGAAGCAAGACCAAAGUUGAGUACACUUUCGGCUACAAGAAGAAUGCGGACGGCAAGGUGCGCAUCUUCCUCCACCACUCCUCAGUGCCAUACAGCGUGCCUGCAGCCACUGCAUCUGGAGCGAUUACUGAAGAGGAAGUAAAGAGUGUGCAGGCAGCAUGGGCCAAUGCCAUCAAGAGUAUCUCCAAGACUUGUCUUGAGGGAGGCGACUACGUUACAGCUGCUGCCAAAGCAGCCGGUGAGCUCUAUGGCUAUGAUGGAAGCAAGACCAAAGUUGAGUACACUUUCGGCUACAAGAAGAAUGCGGAUGGCAAGGUGCGAUUGGUGAAGGUCCUGUGCUUUCCAGAGUUUUUCAAAGCCUUGGACAUGAGCAGGCCAGCUUUGCUGCAAAUUGGAAAGCAAGGCUGUUUGGGAUCAGGUGCCGUGACUACAUCUCGUGUCUCUUACGUGACGAGUGGUGCUGAGAUCCCUGGCGGCAUGGCUGCCCCAGCUGUGGCUUAUCCACAGAUGGCACCACAGAUCUAUGCUCCGUCAGCAAUGGUCUCCCCUGGAAUGCAGACUCAGACAAGGGUUGUGACCCUGAGUGUAUCGGAGGCUGAGGUUCUUCUGGCACAAAAGGCUUGGUCAGAUGCAAUCAAACACAUUUCCAAGACCUAUCUUGAGGGAGGCGACUACGUUGCAGCUGCUGCCAAAGCAGCCGGUGAGCUCUAUGGCUAUGAUGGAAGCAAGACCAAAGUUGAGUACACUUUCGGCUACAAGAAGAAUGCGGACGGCAAGGUGCGCAUCUUCCUCCACCACUCCUCAGUGCCAUACAGCGUGCCUGCAGCCACUGCAUCUGGAGCGAUUACUGAAGAGGAAGUAAAGAGUGUGCAGGCAGCAUGGGCCAAUGCCAUCAGGAGCAUCUCCAAGACUUAUCUUGAGGGAGGCGACUACGUUGCAGCUGCUGCCAAAGCAGCCGGUGAGCUCUAUGGCUAUGGACACACAAAUGUGCUCUUCAAGCCAACCAAGACCAAAGUUGAGUACACUUUUGGCUACAAGAAGAAUGCGGACGGCAAGGUGCGCAUCUUCCUCCACCACUCCUCAGUGCCAUACAGCGUGCCUGCAGCCACUGCAUCUGGAGCGAUUACUGAAGAGGAAGUAAAGAGGGUGCAGGCAGCAUGGGCCAAUGCCAUCAAGAGUAUCUCCAAGACUUAUCUUGAGGGAGGCGACUACGUUGCAGCUGCUGCCAAAGCAGCCGGUGAGCUCUAUGGCUAUGGACACACAAAUGUGCUGUUCAAGCCAACCAAGACCAAAGUUGAGUACACUUUCGGCUACAAGAAGAAUGCGGACGGCAAGGUGCGCAUCUUCCUCCACCACUCGUCAGUGCCAUACAGCGUGCCUGCAGCCACUGCAUCUGGAGCGAUUACUGAAGAGGAAGUAAAGAGUGUGCAGGCAGCAUGGGCCAAUGCCAUCAAGAGUAUCUCCAAGACUUAUCUUGACAGAGGCGACUACGUUGCAGCUGCUGCCAAAGCAGCCGGUGAGCUCUAUGGCUAUGGACACACAAAUGUGCUGUUCAAGCCAACCAAGACCAAAGUUGAGUACACUUUCGGCUACAAGAAGAAUGCGGAUGGCAAGGCCCGCGCUCUUCAGCCAAGCAGCCAGUACAUAGCUGUGCUUUGCUUGGAGACCCUUGCAGCUUUUCGCAAUCGCCCGCCUCAAAAGUUGCAUUUGGAGUCCAAUUUGGAGUCUCUUUGUCUCUUGAGCGGAGCGCGAUCUGGUGAAGGUCCUGUGCUUUCCAGUGGAUGGUGGACGGAUUGUGCGAAGGAGCUUUUCAAAGGCUUGGACGUGGGCAGGAUGGGCUGUGCCGUGACUACGCUCCCAUCUCGUGUCUCUUACGUGACGAGUGGUGCUGAGAUCCCUGGCGGCAUGGCUGCCCCAGCUGUGGCUUAUCCACAGAUGGCACCACAGAUCUAUGCUCCGUCAGCAAUGGUCUCCCCUGGAAUGCAGACUCAGACAAGGGUUGUGACCCUGAGUGUAUCGGAGGCUGAGGUUCUUCUGGCACAAAAGGCUUGGUCAGAUGCAAUCAAACACAUUUCCAAGACCUAUCUUGAGGGAGGCGACUACGUUGCAGCUGCUGCCAAAGCAGCCGGUGAGCUCUAUGGCUAUGAUGGAAGCAAGACCAAAGUUGAGUACACUUUCGGCUACAAGAAGAAUGCGGACGGCAAGGUGCGCAUCUUCCUCCACCACUCCUCAGUGCCAUACAGCGUGCCUGCAGCCACUGCAUCUGGAGCGAUUACUGAAGAGGAAGUAAAGAGUGUGCAGGCAGCAUGGGCCAAUGCCAUCAGGAGUAUCUCCAAAACUUAUCUUGACGGAGGCGACUACGUUGCAGCUGCUGCCAAAGCAGCCGGUGAGCUCUAUGGCUAUGAUGGAAGCAAGACCAAAGUUGAGUACACUUUCGGCUACAAGAAGAAUGCGGACGGCAAGGUGCGCAUCUUCCUCCACCACUCCUCAGUGCCAUACAGCGUGCCUGCAGCCACUGCAUCUGGAGCGAUUACUGAAGAGGAAGUAAAGAGUGUGCAAGCAGCAUGGGCCAAUGCCAUCAAGAGUAUCUCCAAGACUUAUCUUGAGGGAGGCGACUACGUUGCAGCUGCUGCCAAAGCAGCCGGUGAGCUCUAUGGCUAUGAUGGAAGCAAGACCAAAGUUGAGUACACUUUCGGCUACAAGAAGAAUGCGGAUGGCAAGGUGCGCAUCUUCCUCCACCAUUCGUCAGUGCCAUACAGCGUGCCUGCAGCCACUGCAUCUGGAGCGAUUACUGAAGAGGAAGUAAAGAGUGUGCAGGCAGCAUGGGCCAAUGCCAUCAGGAGUAUCUCCAAGACUUAUCUUGACGGAGGCGACUACGUUGCAGCUGCUGCCAAAGCAGCCGGUGAGCUCUAUGGCUAUGAUGGAAGCAAGACCAAAGUUGAGUACACUUUCGGCUACAAGAAGAAUGCGGAUGGCAAGGCCCGCGCUCUUCAGCCAAGCAGCCAGUACAUACCUGUGCUUUGCUUGGAGACCCUUGCAGCUUUUCGCAAUCGCCCGCCUCAAAAGUUGCAUUUGGAGUCCAAUUUGGAGUCUCUUUGUCUCUUCAGCGAAGCGCGAUCUGGUGAAGGUCCUGUGCUUUCCAGUGGAUGGUGGACGGAUUGUGCGAAGGAGCUUUUCAAAGGCUUGGACGUGGGCAGGAUGGGCUGA